AUGGAAGGACCACCACCAACACCAUUGGACACUCAAGAACUUUUUGAAUGUCUAAAAAAUUUAUUACCUAAGGAUAAUGUUGAGAUUCCAUGUUCAAUUGAGUUGUCAUCAUCUUAUGCAUCAACAACUACCACUAUUAUUACUUCGCAAUCUGCUUUUACUCCUUAUAAUAAUCAUUCUUCUCAUACAAUAAAUCCUACUCCAGUAACUACUUCUCCAAAUAAAAUUACUUCGCAAUCUGCUUUUACUCCUUAUAAUAAUCAUUCUUCUCAUACAAUAAAUCCUACUCCAGUAACUACUUCUCCAAAUAAA